AUGUCACUCCUUCAAUUUGUUCCAUUUUCUUCAGCUGUUGAAGCACCUUUCUGGCACACCUUAUCUUCACGUAAAAUUGAUUUAUAUAAAUUAGACGAUGCUCCGCAGGAAAUCGUAGGAUAUUACUCUACCGGUCACACUUUGCUUUCACAAGAUUCCGCUGAAACUAAUAUCACUAUGCCAGCACGUUUGUGUCUCGGAACAGGGGCUUUUGAUAACAUCAAUAAUUCGCGCCUACCGCCAUUAUCAUAUCAUUCGAUCGGUAUGAUUAAAAAUACUAACACAAUCGAAGAAUUCAAACAGCUUGAUAAGAAUGCUUUAUUUAAAGAAACCACUAAGCAAAUUGUGAACGAUAUUGUAUCUGGUGCCGCUGUAAAAGAUCCUUAUCUUCUUACGCGAUUUGUUCUUAUUACUUUUGCUGAUUUGAAAAAAUACAAAUAUCAUUAUUGGUUCGGUUUCCCUGCUUUGCUCACAGAGCCACCGUGGGAUAUUGAAAAUAAUGAAGUCAAAGGUAUUACUGACGUAUGGAAUGAAGAUGAGAUAAAAACAUUAAGGAUAAAUUAUGAAUUAUUCAGACAAGAACAUCCCAGCACAUGUACAGGAUUUUUCCUUGUUAAACAAUUUGAAAAGGAAAUUAAAAUUAGUAAUUUAUCUGAAUGGGAUAAAUUUUUUGAAAACUGUAACGAUGAAGAGCGAAUGAUAGGAUUUGCUGAUCCUUCGAGCUUACCUAACAACCCUGGUUGGCCUCUACGAAAUUUUUUGGCGUUAGUACAAAAUCGUUGGAAUAUAUGUAAAAUUAAAGUGUUAUGUUAUAAAGAGAUUCCUGGUAAAAAAGAUAUUUCACAAAGUCGCAUUUUAACUGUAAAUACACAAAAUGUGGUAAAAAUAACAGAUGAAAAUCCGAAAUCUGUUGGUUGGGAAAAAAAUGUACAAGGAAAACUUGGACCCCGUAUAGCUGAUCUUUCUGAUCUUAUGGAUCCAAAAAAGUUAGCCGACACAUCUGUGGAUUUAAAUUUAAAAUUAAUGCGAUGGAGAAUUGUUCCAGAUUUAAAAUUAGAAAAAAUCAGAGAUACAAAGUGUCUUUUACUUGGUGCUGGCACUCUUGGUUGUUAUGUGGCUAGAUGUUUAUUGGGAUGGGGUGUUCGUCAUAUUACCUUUGUCGAUAAUGCACGUGUCUCUUUCUCCAAUCCUGUUCGGCAACCACUGUUCUUUUUUGAUGACUGUUUAGAAGGUGGAAAGCCCAAAGCACAUACGGCAGCUGAAAAUUUAAAAAAAGUCUAUCCUAGUGUUAUAAGUGAAGGAUAUGAGUUAAGCAUCCCUAUGCCAGGUCAUCCAAUCUCUUCAGAGACUAAAACUCAAAGUGACGUCGAUCAACUUUACCAACUCAUUGAAUCACAUGAUGUUAUAUUUUUAUUAAUGGAUAGUAGGGAGAUAAUAAACAUUGCACUAGGUUUUGAUACUUACGUUGUAAUGAGGCAUGGUGUAAAAGAUGAAGAUUGCCAAACAACGGAUUCACCUGAUGCAAACAUUCCAUUAGUGAAAAGGCUUGGAUGUUAUUUCUGCAACGAUGUCAUUGCACCAACUGAUUCCCUUAAAGAUCGUACACUUGAUCAACAAUGUACAGUGACAAGACCUGGAUUGUCAGCUAUUGCUUCUGCACUUGGUGUCGAAUUAAUGGUUUCUAUUUUGCAUCAUGAUAAGGGUCCUGCUGCUCCCGCUGAUACAAAAACUGAACCAUCCAACUCUUCGGAAUUUAAAUCUUCACCACUUGGAAUCAUACCACACCAAAUGCGUGGAUUUUUGUCAAAUUUCAAUAAUAUGAUUAUAGUUGGACAAGCAUAUGAUAGAUGCACAGCCUGUUCAGAUUUUGUGAUUAAUGAAUAUAAAACUAAUGGCUUUGAAUUUUUGAAACAAGUUUUUAAUUCAUCAAGUUAUUUAGAAGAUGUAACUGGAUUAACAAAAUUGCAUCAAGAAAGUGAAGAUCUUGACGAUUUCGAUUGGGAUGAUGAAUAA